AUGAACACCUGUGUUCUCAGGGCCAAAUGCACUAACGCUUUUGUGCCCACUUCAGCCGAGCAGAGCUGUGUCAAAUUGGUUAACCCACAUCACAUAACAUCUGCUGGAAAAAAGCCCCAUCAGUGUUGUGAGUGUGGAAAGGACUUUGGUAGUUUGGCACUUUUCAACAGACACCAGAAAAUCCAUACUGGAGACAAGUCAUAUCAGUGUUCAGAGUGCGGAAAGAAUUUUACUCAAUUGGUGAGUCUGAAAAUGCACCAGAGGAUCCAUACUGGAGAAAAACCAUAUCAGUGUUCUCAGUGUGGAAAGGCCUUUGCUAGAGUGUCACUUCUCAACAGACACCUGAAGAUCCAUACUGGGGAAAAGCCAUAUCAGUGUAAUACGUGUGGUGGGGAUUUCAGUUCAAGGAGAACCCUCACUUCACAUAAGAGGACACAUUCCAGGGAAAAGCCAUUUCACUGCUCAGAGUGUGGAAAGACUUUUAGUCAGGUGCGCUAUCUCAAGAUGCACCAGAGGAUCCAUACUGGGGAAAAGCCGUAUCAGUGUACUACAUGUGGGAAGUCCUUCAUUCAAAACGGUGCUUUUAAGAUACACCUGCAGAUCCAUACUGGGGAAAAGCCUCAUCAGUGCUCUCAGUGUGGGAAGUCGUUCAGACAGAAGUACACUCUAAAGACACACCAGCAGAUCCAUUCUGGGGAAAAUUCAUGUUGGUGUUCUCAUUGUGGAAAGACCUUUAAUAACAUGUCUAAUUUCAGGGCACACCAGAGGAUCCACACAGGGGAAAAGCCAUUCCAGUGUGCUACAUGUGGAACAAGUUUCAGGAGAAGCACACAUCUCACUAAACAUCAGAGGGCACACACUGGACAAAAGCCAUACCAGUGUUCUCACUGUGGAAAUGCCUAUAGUCAACGUUACCUUCUCAAAAAUCACCAGAGGAUCCACAAUGGGGAAAUUGAAGAACUUUAG